AUGUCCGUCGACGGAGAAGGUGAUGUCUCGUUGACUCAAAAGGUCCCCCCUACUCUUGACUCCUUAGACAAUAGGCUCAGAGAUAUGUUUGACAACUUUGCCCUCCAGUUUGACGCUAUGUCCAAGAGGUUAGUUGCUUUUGAUACCCGUAUUGAGGAGUUGUGUACCCGUGUGGAUGACGGUGAUACUGAGAUUAGGACAAAUUUCCAGCAACUUCAGGCGAAUAUCAACCGUGAUUUUAUAAAUAUUCAGAACGAUCUCUCUCAUCAACAACUAUGCUGUCAGGAAACCCAGAAAACCAACACCCUCACAUAUCACCAAAUCCAAGACACUGUCAAAACCCUCACUAGUAGAGUAAGCAUGGUCGAAGGUCAAUGUGCCCGUCUAGCUGCCCUGGAAAAUGUUGUCCGGAACCCUAUCUCUGUCUCUAAACCUCUUUCUACAACCUCGUACCCCCUAGCCUGUUCUCAAGCCCCAGCCAAUAUCAGCUACCAACCCCCUGCACAAACUUUCAAUAAUAAUAUUUCCGCUAUGCCUCAAAUUUCAAGUAAAGAUAGUCAACCCCUCUUACAACACUCUUUUAAUAAUUCUCAGCCUUUUACACAAAAUUCAUUUAAUAAUCUGUUCACCUCAACUACAAUUACAAAUUCACUUCCCACACAACCGGCUGCCCCGUAUCACACUUCAGUCUAUUCGGCACCUCAACACCAAUGUACAUUUUCAAACCCCCCCUCUGUCUCUGUUCAUGGUACUCACUCCCUCUCCAAUAUCUCUGGUAUCAAUUUGGAUUCAACCAAGUUGCCCACUUACAACGGACAGUUAACACCCAUUCACAAGCCGAACAAGCCGAACAAUAUUUUUUGA